AUGGCUGGCGCCUGCCGCUCCCCUCUGCCUGCCCCUUCUGGCCCAAGGGCGCCGGCCGCCAUGGCUCGGAUCUUGGUGGACGGCGAGGCCCGGGCCUUGGCUGCGGUGGACGCGGAGCAAACCGAAGGCCUGGAGCUGGAGGAGAAGGACUCCUUGGCCGAGGCGUUCGCGGAGAGGUUUCAGAAGUUCGCCAGGCGGCCUUGCCUGGGCUGGCGGGGACGUGCGGGAGUGUCCUACAAAUGGAUGUCCUAUGGCCAGUUCUUCAGUGAGACCCGAAAGAUCGCCUCUGCUUUGUCCGCCUCACUGCCACCUGGGUCGCUAAUCGGCAUUUGCGGGGCCAACAGCUUGGCCUGGUUCCAAGCCGACUUCGCCUGCCUCUGGGCCGGCUUCGGCACUGUGCCUUUGAGCGACACCUGGGACGUGAACACUCUGGAGCUGGCGCUGGAGAGGUGCGAAGUGGGCGCCGUGUUCUGCGACGCGGAGCAUGUCGCCAAGCUCCGGGAACUCCGGCCCAGGUGGCUCAUCCUUCUGGACUCCGCGGAUCUUCCAUCGGGUGCCCUGCAGAUGCUCCUGAAGCUGCGGGAGGUCACAGGCUCGGAAGUCGACGUUGGGCAGCUGCCGGCUUUGCUGGGCGACGUGGACCUCGGGGGGUUGCCGAGCUCGGGAAGCGUUGCGAGGCAACAGCUGGAAGAGUGGGUCGUCGCGCAUUUCGUAGACCAGAUCCACUCCUUCGGGGACUUUGCCGAGCUGCCCAUCCAAGCCCGCGACCGGGAGGCCAUCCACACGAUCCUCCACACCAGCGGCACCACGGGGCUCCCCAAAGGAGUGGUCUACAGCGACGGCUUGUGGCAUAAGAACAUGGUCAGGUACGCCGGAAUGAAUAUUGGCUACUCGUACAUGCCGCUGGCAUACAUCACAGAUCGUCACACGGUUUGCACCAGCUUCUGGAACGGUGGUCGCGUUGGCAUCCGGAGCCCCGGUUCAACGGAUGAGAUCUUCAGAGAUCUGGUCGCUGUGCGGCCCACUGUGCUGAAGGGUGUGCCUGCCUUCUUCGAGCGCGUGCACAGUGCCGCGCAGCUGGUGCAGGACAAGACGCUGAACUUGCUGGGCGGCCGCUGUCAGCUCUUGAUUUGCGGAGCCGGCGCGCUGGACAAGACCGUCGGCGAGUGGUUUCGGUCCUGCACAACGCAGGAUGGCAAGCAGGUGGCCUUUCUCGAGAUGUAUGGAGGCACCGAGUGCGGGAAUCUCGCGGUGAAUCGGAAGCUGAACCCGACCGUGGAGUACAAGUUGCUGCCAUACGGAGAUAUGCCAUCAAAUUGCGGGGAGCUAGUGGUGAAGACUGGUGCCGCCAUGUUCUCCUGCUACUACAAGGACACCGCCAGAACAGCGGCAUCGUUCACCGAGGACGGGUUCUACAAAAUUGGAGACAUCGUUCGAAUUGAGGAGGAUCAGAUUGAGGUCAUUGGCCGUGCCAAGACUUCUAUCAAGCUCUCCAUGGGCAAAUGGGUGUUCCCCGAAUCGCUGGAAACCUUGUUCAGAGCGGCUGUGAGCAAAGAUGGCGUGCGCCACGUGUGGGUUCACGGCGACUCGCAGCACGACUCUCUCAUCGCGGUCCUGGAUGCAGAUGGGAAGGAGCCGGCUCCAUUGCUGCAGAAGCUCAAUGAUGCCGCAUCUGCGAAUGGCCUCCAAGCCUAUGAGCGCAUAGCUUCUGUGCUGCUCGCCACUGGGCCCUUUUCUCAAGAAGCAGGGACCUUGAAUGGCACAGGGAAGCUGGACAGAGGGAAGCUCCUGAAGAUCUACGGCGCAGACCUGGCCCGGGAGUUUCAAAGGCUCGCCAGUGAGGCUGCCAACACCUCCUUGGAGCAGCUGGAUGGUGACCAAAGCUUUCGCGCGCAGGGUGGCACCUCAUUGAAGGCUGCCCACAUUGCCCAGCUCUAUGUGGAUUUGGGCGUGCCCCUCUCCAGGGCCGUGCAGCUGCUGCUGUCCGAUGAGCCCGUGAGGAGAGUGGUGACUGAGCUGAGCAAGGCGGAUCCUCUUGCAGAUGCGCAGCUGGACUUGCCGGCUGUGACUUCUACAAAUGCCAAGGGCCGGACACUUCUUACAGGCGCCACUGGCUUUCUGGGUCGCUUCAUCCUUGCGGAGAUGCUGGAGCAGAGGCGGGAGGUGAUAUGCCUGGUGCGAGCUGAGACGGAGCUGGCGGCGAAGCAGCGAUUGAGCAAAGGUCUCAUGGAAAUCGGGCGCUGGCACAAUGAGUGGUGGGAUGAUUUGCAUGUGGUCCUGGGAUCGCUGGCCAAGCCGUUGGAGAUCUCGAAUGUUUCGGACAUUCUGCACGUGGCGGCCAUGGUGGACCUUUCAGGCACCUACGGCGCUCAUAGGAGCGCCAAUGUGCUGGGCACGCUGAAUGUGCUGCAACUUGCAGCGCAGGCGGGCGCGCGCCUAGUAUUCGUGUCCACGACGGACACGUACAAGGACAAGACCCAGGCCACGGCAUGCAAGGCGGAGCCACCUCAGGAGGUGCUGGCAGACGCCCAGCACGGGUAUGCCGUGUCCAAAGCCGUCGGGGAAGCCCUGGUGGCACGGGCAAUCCAGGGAGGCCUCUCUUCCUGCACAGCUCGCUUGGGCAUGGUUGCCGGGGACAGCAGAACAGGCUUCUGCAACCCAACUGACUUUGGGAUGCGUCUCCUGAUCAGCUUUGCUCACACACAGUCCUUCCCCGAGACGGGCGAGCAGCACGCGAUGGUGCAGUCCUUGCCUGUGAACGUUGCAGCUGCGGCGCUGGUUGACCUUCUUGACGCUUCGGAGGUCGGAGCUGUGAACAUUGUGGCCGGGCGGCGGGUGGCGAUGGCGGAGCUGCGGCAGCAGCUGCUGCGCUUCGGGGGUCCCUUCCAAGAGCUGCCGCUGCUGCCCUUCCCCCGCUGGAUGGCCAAGGCCAAGGCUGAGGCGCGGCUGUCCGCUUGGCCAGUCUUGGGCUGGGCUGCGGCUCUGCCGGAGUUCCCCGUCUUCAACGCGCAGCUGCCAGAUGUCGCGCCGCCCAGUUGGGCACGACCCAGGACAGCCGCAGGAGUGCUUGCACAAGAUGCUCCGCUUCCUGUUCGUCUCGGCCACAAGGCGGGCGCGAUUGCCUGCUUCAGUAGAUGCUCUCCGCGCAUGUGCGCGCCUUCGCGCGGCCGUGCAUGGCAAAAAGGAUGCACGCCUUUGCCUGUUUUGUAUCGCCGGGCCCUGGCUGCGGGAGGCUUGCUGGCUUGA